AUGGCAGGCUGCAAGAUACUCUUUCUCUUUGUUUUAUCUCUUGCCAUUACUUUUGUCUCUCCUGCUCGGCUUCUUAAUGAAGAAGAAGAUAUUGGCUUGGUCCCUGUGCCUACCACAACGUCUGGUUCAGGCCUCUUCCCCACUUCAACUGGUAUCACUACAGGUGCAAGUCCAGCCUCAGGCGGUUCAGGUCCUUUGAAUACUUUAAGUGGCUCUGGACCUCUACCAACCACUGGUUCUGGUUCUUUACCGGUUGCUAGUUCGGUUCCCUUGCCUGCUACUGUCCCCGGUUCUCUUCCAACCACCGGUUCAGGUCCCGUUCCGGUUGCUAGUUCUGGUCCUUUGCCUGCUGCUGGUUCAGGGCCUUUGCCGACUGCUGGCUCAGGUGCAGGUGGUUUACUUCCCGACCACACAUUAGUCUUCUUUAUGCACGAUAUACUCGGUGGCUCAAACCCAACAGCCAGGGCUGUGACCGGAGUCGUUGCAAACGCAGCUCUCAGUGGCCAGCUUCCAUUCGCCAAACCCAACGGCGCAAACCUCCCUGUCAGCAACGGCGUUCCAUCUAACAGUAACAACAACGGAAUCCUCAACAACAACAACGUCCCGCUUCUGGUCGGUCUGGGAGGAACCACUUCCAGCAUUCUACAGAACAACGGGAACAGCCUCUUGAACGGUCUCCCCGUGGCUAAUGGCGGUCAGCUCCCAUCUGGUUCGUCCCUUCAGAUGCUCAUGUUUGGGACGAUGACGGUGAUGGACAACGAGCUAACGGAAGGGCAUGAGCUCGGGUCAGGUCUGCUUGGCAAAGCUCAGGGCUUCUACGUGGCGAGCGCGGUGGAUGGAACUAGCCAGACUAUGGCCUUCACGGCUAUGUUUGAGAGUGGUGGUUAUGAAGAUAGCAUCAGUUUCUUCGGUGUGCAUAGAACGGCUGCAUCGGAAUCUCAUCUUGGGGUCAUGGGUGGUACGGGGAAGUAUGUGAAUGCGAGAGGAUAUGCCGUUGUCAAGACUUAUACUGGUGGCAGUGGGAACACACAGCAGCCGCACCAGUUCACAGAUGGGCUUGAGACUGUUCUGGAGUGCACCGUUUAUCUUUCUUACUAGUUUUUUUUUCCUUGUUGUAUUUGAAUUGCGUUGUGUUGUGUUGUAUCGUAAUAUGUAACAACAAAGCCUAUUAAUUUGAUAACAAAUUUCAUGUUGAUUACAAGUUAUAUAAGCUUCACUUUCUCGAUCAUGGUCUUGAUUGGUAAGGAAUAAGGAUUAUUUAAGCUUUUAACUUUUAGACUUUUGACCAUUGUUAUGUGGAAAACAUAUUGAUCAAUAUGAAACUGAUCUAGAUUAUAUAAAAAAUUAAGUGAAACACACAACAUAUUUUUAGAAAUUUUUUUUGAAAUACUAUAACAUAGAUACUAAUUUCUAAUACUAUAUUUAUGAAAAAUAUUUAACAUUUGGGUUUAAAGUUAAGUGGUUCUUGUUUAAGAGAUAUGGUUGGGUUUAUAAUUUUUUAUAAAUAGUUUAUAAAUAAUUUUUAAAAUAUUUAUAAAAAUUAAAAAGGGUUAAUAUAAUUUUUUAAUCAUAAAUAUAAGAUUUUUAUGAAUAAUUAUUAUUUAAAGUUAAAUUUAUAUGUAAUAUAAACAAUGGUAGAAAUAGAAUUCUCUUCACUUUUAUGAGGCCCACAAGUGUAAGUUUUGAUUUAGGCCUCCAAAAGAUUUGGGCCAGCCUCUCGCAAUGUGUUCUAUGAAUCUAGAAAAGGCAAAUACUUUCAGACGUUAAUCAUUUUUAAGCUACACUAUAUAAUCCCAAUAACAAAGUAACGAAAGGCGAGAACAAAGGCAAAACAUAAUUAUUUUAGUAAAAAUAUGUAAAAUAUAUUUUAAAUUUAAAAUAUUAAUGAUGAUAUUUGACCGACAAUCUUUUAUGGCUCGUUGCUAAAAAUGUCAAUCAUUCGACACAGCAGUAGUGUAACUCUACAAAAUUAAAUAAAAAAGAAUUGUGGUUGGGAAGUGAAGUUGUUAGUUGAAUAAGUCUACAAAUAUUAUUCUGUUCAGAAAAGAAGUCCACAAAGAUUAUUUAUAUUAGUAUCCGCAUGCAAACAUGGGAGGUAUACCAAUUUGUUCCACGUAUAUGCCGUAGCCAACUAGCCAUACAUUUUUCUGUUUGCACAAAAAAAAAGGUAGGAGAUGUAUGUAUACUAUCUUUAGAGAAACCACAGUUCAUACUUCAUACGUCUUCGUUGUCCAUAUUUUGCCUGCAUAAUAAGAUUAUCUCUCUGUCAAUUUAAUUCCACAUCAGAAUCUGAUUUUAAUUGUGAUGUCUCUGUGAGUAUUAUUAAUCCUUGGAUGUCUCUACGAUUUUAGUAUAGAAGUUGAAGUGUUGAUCUGAAUAAUAUAGAAUGGAAAUAUGGUAUUUUAUUUAUUUUAUACCACUAUUCUAGCAUUGAUUUUAAAUGAAAGUGCAUGGUUUUAAAUAGAAACUCGAACGAAAAAUGUGAAUAGCUUGUUAAGUAAUUCAUAUUUCGGCCAUAAGAAUUUAAACUUCAGUUAUUCAUGGGUGGUCAAUCAUUUAUUUUUGACAAUAUUUAUAAGGAAAAACGAUAGACAUUGAAAAAGACAUUGUGAUUCAAUAAUUCAGUAAAUCGCUUAAAUAUUUGUGAAUAAGAGUUUUUUUUUUUUGAAAAAAAUGAAUAAUAUAUGAACAACCACAAGAAAAAUCAAACUAAUACUAAAUGAGAAUGAGAUGAGUCAGUGACCAGCAAACUAAAUACACCAGCAAACAUUAACUUCUUCAUUAUUAGUAGAAUAACCUCUAACUAGACUACUUUUAAUGCUCUCACAAAAGUAAACCCGUGAUUGCCUUUGUCAACGUCAACCUAAUGUGUCUAUAUAUGCUAUUAUUGGUUGUUAAAUUGUUUUAUUACCUCAUUGUAACUCGAAGAAAAAAAUCUUAGUUACUAAUGAAUUUUGUAAUAUAUCCUCAACUGUUAUAAAAUUUGUAGCACUUCUAUUCAUAACUUUUAAAAAACAUCAUGAGUUUCUAUCAAAUAUUUGAAACUUAAAAAAAAAAAUCUCAAUUUUGGCAAUAUCCAGCCCCCAUAAUAGAAAGCAUCAGAGCAAAAAAAAAGUAGACUCUUUGUUGAGUCAACUGGCUAUUGGGAUUGCUAAUCUACAAACUUUGUCCCUUUCAAGUUACCAAUAACAUUUCUUAAGUAGCUGCAUGAUUAAAAGAGGAUAGGGUUUUAAUGUGAAUCGAUUAAUAAGUUAUUUAAGGGACCAAGGAAAGGACGUAUAUACAUGCAGAUGGUGUGAGUAAGCGUUGGACGAGGGCUUUGUAGUAGUAAAAGAAGGGUCGACGUGAUUAAGUUGGUGGAAGUUGAGACUAGCUUAUCACAGCACUCUCACUUGUAUCCAAGAAGUUCAUGAUUUUCCUAAACCUUCGUCAUACUCACAGCUCACCAAAUCUCUUUAUUGCUCUUUCAUCUACAACCUAAUAUAUAGAAUAUAAAAUAAAUAUCAUUGGCUACCCAAACUAAUCAUAAAUAAUUUACACUCCAAACUUCUAUAACCUUUGGUCCAUCAAACGUCAAUCUAUGCAAUCAUGCUAUAAAAGCUUAUGAACACCAUACAUCAUUCAUGAAUCUCUAAAUACAACAACUAAUUACGAUACUAACCAGAUACGAUGGCUUGAAAAGUCACAACGUACUAAUAACGGCCUCGUGUAUUCAGAUUCAAUAAAUAGACACUUGAUUUGUAUACAUGAUACAUCCACAUCAAUGCACCAAUUAAUUUUAACUAUAAAAUUGUGCUUCUAAUUACUUUUUUUCCAUUAUAGGCAACUAAAACUAAUGUCUUAUAUUUUGAUCAAAAAAAACUAAUGUCUUAUAUUAAUUAUUAAUUAGUCUAUAAGUUGUGGAAACACCGUAAUCUAGUGGUUAAGGUUUAAAGACUUCUACACCCAUAUUUGGAGUUUGAAUCGUAGGCAACACAAUUUUUAUAUUAAAAAGUCUAAGCUUCAAUUUCCGUAAAAUUGUGAAUUAUAUAAAAAAUUUGAAAAAAUUAAAAAAAAAUGCUUACAAAAAAUAUUUAGCAUGGCACAAAGAAUACCGUCAAAAAUGAAUAUCAUAGGACGACACUCGUUUAUGUAAUGUUUCUCGUAAUUUAUAUCCGUAUAAUAACCAGACAAAAAAAUAGUCCAUAAGCUGUUUUUAACUGAACAAGUGAUCUUAAGAUUCACACCAGUGUAAUGAUUUCAUAGUACUAAAAAGGACGAUCACGAUUGUAAAUCACAAAGAUGCUUCAGAUUUGUUGUCAAAACUGACGACCGGAGAAUAGGCUGAUUGAUUUGACCUUCAAACCUGGAUUCGCUAAAUCCCCUGUAAUAUAUGAACGGGCACAUUUCUACAACAUGAAAGUCAGGGCCGGUUCUUGACUUUUUUUUUUUUUGUCAUCUAGUAGAUUAAUAUUAACUUUGAACAGAGUAUCAUACAAAGCCAGCAAAGGUUUAGCAAAGGUUUGCAACCUCUCUAGAGCCAUAAGCCGGCAAGGUGAUAUGCACCAUCCGGAGCCAAAGAUUAGAACAAACAUUGAACCAUAAACUAAACAAAAGAAAAAGACAAUGUUGAUUAGGACCAUAGGGAGAUACACGAAGCACUUCCAAAAUGAAGAAGCUUAACGGAGCCGGAA